AUGAGCAAAAAGGGCGCAAAGUCCCAGUCCCAGAACAAGGAGCAAACCUACGAGGUCCGCGACAUCGUCCUCGCCAAGGUCCGCGGCUUUCCCCCAUGGCCCGGCAUGAUCGUUGACCCUGAUACUGUCCCGGAGGCCGUCGCGAAGGAGCGUCCGAACGCGAAGACGAAAAAGGGCAACUGGUAUUGCGUGCGCUUCUUCCCUGCCGGUGACUACGCGUGGAUAGUUCCCAAAGACAUCUCCAGGCUGCAGCAACACGAGAUUGAGGCCUACAUCGCCGAACCCUUCAAGCGUUCUGGCGAUCUCCUGAAGGGUUACCGCAUCGCCCUCGAUCCCAAGGCGUGGGAGGAAGAGAAGGACGCUGCAGUAGCAGAGGCGCAGGAGGAGGAGGCCAACGCGGAGGUCGAUCAACUCGAGAGCGACGGCGAGGAAGAACCAGACGACGACGAGGACAAGAAGAAGAAGACCACCAAGAAGCGCAAGCGUGACUCGGAUGCUGCCCCAGCGAAAUCCAAGGCCAAGGCGAAGAAGGCGUCUGCGGAGCCUGCUAACAAAGCCAAGGCGACCCCUGCAAAGGGCAAGAAGAACGGCCCCAAGUCCAAGGCGUUGGUCGAAUCCGAGGAUGAAGGUGCCGCCGAGGGCGAGAACGAGGGUGCCAGCAAGCGCACCUCUCCUCCGCCCGCAAAGAAGGCCAAACGCGAUAAGGAGGAUGAUGUUGAUCCUGCUCUGCUCAACGACCCCGAGGCUCUGAAGGUCAGGGAAUGGCGGCAUAAGCUACAGAAGGCAUUCCUCAAUCAGAAGGCAGUCCCGAAGGAGGAGGAGAUGCCCGCACUUGACCAGUUAUUCUCCACGGUAGAGAACUAUCCAAACAUGACCAUGGAGUACCUACUGUUCUCGAAGAUCGGCAAGGUCAUGCGCCACAUACACGUCCUGUCUGACGACAAGGUGCCCCGCGACGACGAGUUCAAGUUCCGGGAGCGAGCCAAAGUCCUUGUCGACAAGUGGCACGACAUCCUCAAGACCAACGGCGCUCCCGACGUGGCGAAGCCCGCAACGAACGGCAACCGUAAAGCCGCCGACACGGAAGAUGCCGUCACAGCGAACGGUAAGGCCGAGGAGGCGAAGGAGAACGGCACCAAGGCAGACAAAGACGAUGCGAUGAAGACCGAUGACGCCAGCCCUGCCAACGGCGCGGGAGACGAGUCGAUCCUCGCCGACGUAACGAUGUCCGAAGCCGCAUAA